GAAUAAUAGACAAAAACAAUUUUUACUCCUUGAUCUUAUGUAUCUAAUUCGAACAUUGUCAAAUAAAUGCAGUAAUGUAUUUGUGAAGGUGGGAGUUAUGUUAUACCAUAGGUAGAUUAAGAAACACAAAUAAGGGAAUAUGGAGAAGGUAACAAAAGAAAGAGAGUAGAAAUAGUGUGGAACUACUGGUCGGUCUAAAAUGGGAUAUUAAAUUUUGGAGAUAGACAAGGGUGAGAAAAGUGGAUGGUGAGGUGAUAAAUGAAACGGCACAUGUAGAAGAUAUGUUGUCCUCUUAUAAUUAUUACAAUUACAAUAAUGUAGUUCCGGUGGUUGCACCUCCACAAUUAUAGUUUCGUCCGACCCCCGUGACCCGCAUGAUGAUUCCUAACACUCAUAUCAUAUAGCUUCAUGUUUUCGUCAUUUUCAUUUAUCAAAAGUUUCAGGUAGCUGUAUACAAUUAGCUUUCAUUGUCAAUAUUAGAGUUUAAGGUCUUCUAAAUUUCUGAACAACGUAUCAAACACUACGAGUAAAAUGGAGUCUUUACUAUAUCUUCGUUGAAAGCUAAGCCAUGUAUCUUGCAGACUGUUUUGUCUGUUUGUUCGGUUUGUUCCCAAUAGAUUUCAUGCAUACACAUAAGGCCAUAAUCCAUUCAUAAUGCUUUCACAUUAGGGAAAAAAUGUGGCUACUAUUUGCCAUUGUUUAAUGUCAAACAAAUCGGCUAUGCUAUUACACACCGAUAACACUGUUUUUUUUUUGUUUAAGAUGAAAAUACUUAUCAAACACACGUACCAUUUUGAGACUACGAAAGGUAGAUUUCAGCGAUAAGCAUGGAAAUAUAUUGGAAUUACGUGCACACUUAGAAAUGAAUGUGUUUGGUGUGGACUGAUUGAAUGUUAAUCUGUUGGUUCAUCACAGUCUGGUUAGGAACACGUUACACUAAAACACAACUCUCUCAAAGUCAAAUUCGGAUCUUUUGCUUUAUUUACUAAACUUGUAUAGUUGUAUCAGGUUGAUAUAAAAUAGUAUUCCACAUCAAUAUAUAUAUGCAAGUAAAAACUAAUUGGAUUCUAACACUACGUACUUUAAAAAAAAUCAAAUAUAAAUAAUAAAAAGGUUAGCACUAACUAAGUCGUCUACUAAAUAAGCAGAUAAAAUAUGGUCUCCCGCAAUCUUAUAUAAUUAGUAGAUAAUUUGUUCAUUAUUAACAUUUUCAUUAUAUAUCUACACUGUAUAUUGUUUACAGUACACGAAUAGUGUUGCAAGGAAAAGUAUGACUUUUUUUGUUUUCGAGUUUUCAAAAGAUUUGGUGCAUUUCCAACAUAGGCUCAACAUUUUGUUUAUUAGAAUAAAGAAUUUGAAUGAAUGUUUACAUUUCGUUAGUCAUGGUCAAAGACACUUAGAAAGACUCUUCUACAGUCAAUUAAAGUAUGAUACUCUAUUUGAUCUCAAAAGAGAGAUCUUAUUAAAUAUUUUCUCAUAUUAGCAAGUCGCAUUGUGGAUGUGACUUUGAUCUAAUAUACACCAUAGAAUCGAGUCAAAUCUAAAACUAUACAACUUGAACUAAAUGUGAGCUUCCUAAGGCAUUAAAAAUCAAAAGCAUUACCGAACUUGAAAACCAUUGUGUGUACUACUUUCGAUUCUUUGUUGUACAUUUUACAUUAUGUAAGGACCGAUGCUGCUUGGAACUCUAACCUUUUGGUUGCAGGGUUGGGAUGGGUUCAAUUGCUACGGGAGGGAAAUCAAUCCUUCAAAGAUCGCGCAGCACAUGUUGGGUCUGCUCUUAUGGCUGAAGCCCUAGCUUUGCGGGAAGCGGUCGCCACCUGCAAAAGAAUGGAGCUGAAGAAGGUCAAGUUUGAGUCGGAUUCUGCUCAACUGGUCUCGAUUAUAAACGCAGGAGCGAGGGUUGCGGAGCUACAUGGCGUUGUUGCAGACAUUCUUACGUUAUCUCUAUCUUUUGAAUUUGUUGCGUUCGUAUGGAUCCCUCGAGAGAGGAACACCAUUGCUGAUUUAUUGGCCAAGAACGCUAUUAAUGCAUCUGGUCUCUUGCUUGUUGAGGGUGCCUUUAAUGGCCCCAACUAAACAUUGCUAAUCAAUUUAUUACGAGUUUCAAAAAAAAAAAGAUUAGUAAACAAGAUUUCAACAAUUAAAUAUUUUUCUAUAAAAAUAAAAGUAUUGCAAAUACAAAAAAAUACUAUUAUAGUCUCUCUGUUAUCAAUAAAAUUUAUAUUUGUCCGCUUUGUGUUGAAUGAUUCUCAUAUAAAUCUUGUUGAUCACAUCAUCAACAACAAUAUCGAUCACUCGCAACAUAAUAUUUGUGAUGAAAAAUUGACCUCUGAAUUGUAAAUAUCAAAGAUUUGUAAACAUAGAAGUUAGUUAUUCAAAGAAAAAAACCCAAUAUUGAAAAAAUGGGUUUAAAAUUCCAUUUAUUUGAACCGGUCUUACUGAAAGACCACCUAUAAUAUUCUCCUUAACUCGAUUGCUAAACUAUUUUCCGCAAUUUUUAUCUUACCUUUUGGUACGUAGGAUAUAUCGGAUUGACUAUUAUACCUAAUUAAUUUUAAUUUCUUUGACUUCCACCAAAUUUUUUACUUCCCUUGCUUUCUUUCAUGUUACCUCCUCUUCGAGGCUAUAACUCAUAGGUCUCCCCCUAGAUAUUACUAAGCCUUUCUAUAUCAUUCCGAGCUCCAUAGUUGCUGGAGAUCUCUCUCUCUCUGACCCUCACUUUUUCUAUAUCUUUGAUCUUUAAUGGUUUUAUUCAUAAUCUCAGCAGCUUAAUGUCAAUCAAACUAAGUAUAGUUCUUUGCCUGAUUAUUUUUACCGUCACGUCAUUUUAUGGCGACGGUAGAACUCUUUCAGGGAAACAUGAUCAUAACUCAUCAUCCCUUUCCGGUUUUAGCUUCCAAGAUUCUAUGCACGUUUCUUCUUCCACAAGCAACGAUUGUGGCUUCUCCUCCACUGAACAUGAUCCUGCCAAGGAUCAUCCCAAAGAAUCCAUGAAGUUUCAGCUACGGCGCCGGGAGAUUAAACAAGAAUCAACGAGAACAACACAUUCAGUUGUCGAUCUCAAAAUCCAAGACCUCACAAGAAUCCAGAUGCUUCAUGCAAGGGCUAAGAAAGCCAAGAACCAGACUCACAAGAAGGAGAAGAAGGAGAUUACAUCGGUUAUUUCUCCAGAGGCUUCACCAGGGCAGCUUGUAGCGACACUUGAGUCCGGUAUGACGCUUGGUUCUGGUGAAUACUUCAUGGACGUGCUUGUGGGGACACCACCAAAACACUUCUCACUGAUUCUUGACACAGGAAGUGACCUAAACUGGCUCCAAUGCCUUCCUUGCCACGACUGUUUCCACCAACACGGUCCAUUUUAUGACCCGGAUACGUCUUCUUCAUUCAAGAACAUAACAUGCAAAGACCCUAGAUGCAGCCUCAUCUCAUCGCCUGAACCUUCAGUACCGUGUGAGUCAAGUAACCAAUCCUGCCCUUAUUUCUACUGGUAUGGAGACAGAUCAAACACAACUGGAGACUUCGCGGUUGAGACAUUCACAGUUAACCUCACGAAUACUAAAGGAGGAAGCUCAGAGUACAAGGUGGAAGACAUGAUGUUUGGGUGUGGACAUUGGAACAGAGGUCUCUUCAACGGUGCUUCAGGUCUGCUAGGGUUAGGAAGAGGACCACUUUCUUUUUCUUCUCAGCUUCAGUCUCUCUACGGUCACUCCUUUUCUUACUGCCUUGUAGACAGAAACAGCGACACUAACGUGAGCAGCAAGUUAAUCUUCGGAGAAGACAAGGGUUUGCUAAACAACCCUAAUCUGAACUUCACAUCUUUCGUGCACAACAAGGAAACUUCCGUUGAGACGUUUUACUAUCUACAAAUCAAAUCCAUUCUAGUCAAUGGCCAAGCUCUUGACAUACCUGAAGAAACAUGGAACAUCUCAUCAGAUGGAGCUGGUGGAACCAUCAUUGAUUCAGGUACAACCUUAAGCUACUUCGCCGAGCCAGCAUACAAGAUCAUCAAGAACAAGAUUACAGAGAAAGUGAAAGAGAAGUACCAUGUGUUUGAAGACUUCCCGAUCCUAGACCCUUGCUUCAACGUGUCUGGUGUAGAGGAGAGCAACAUGGAGCUGCCUGAGCUCGGGAUUGCUUUCGCAGAUGGAGCAGUUUGGAACUUCCCUGCAGAGAAUGUCUUCAUUUGGUUGAGUGAGGAAGUGGUUUGCUUGGCGAUACGAGGAACUGCUGAAUCUGCCAUGUCGAUCAUUGGGAACUACCAGCAACAAAAUUUUCAUAUACUAUAUGAUACAAAGAGGUCUAGGUUAGGUUUUGCACCCACAAAAUGUGCAGAUAUAUAAACCUAAGUUCUUGUGGAUUGAUCUAAUACACAUAAAGAAACUGUACACAAAGGUAACAUAUGAAGAUCCUAUUGUAUUUCAUUCAUAUUCAAAUAACAAAGAUCCUAUUGUAUUUCAUUCAUAUUCAAAUAACAAAGUAACACAUUAAAGUAGAACCAAGACUUUAUUUUCAUGUGCGAUUACAAGCAAAUCCUGCUGCUUUAUAUAGUUUUGUUGAUUAUAGUAUAUGCAUUUUAUAGUAUAAAAAAUUAAAUUAAACCGACUCCACUGGGGAUCGAACCCAGAAUCUCUGGUUUCGUAGACCAGCGCCUUAUCCAUUGGGCCAUGGAGUCAUAUUUGUGAUAAUGCAUUGUUACUAAGAAUUUAUCUCCAAUGUAACAUCACUUACAUAUUUGCCACAGUGAAGAUCAAUACACAAUCAGUACAUAACUGUCUCGUUCAGCACAUUUUUUUGUAUGUCAAAUUCCAACAACUAGGACAGAAAUGAAGACAAAUGAUUCAGUUGAUCAACUAUUUAGAAUGGCUGAAGAGAGUUGUCUUCUUAUCUUAUAUUAGAUUUGGAGUAUUUUGAUUUUCUGAUCAAAUUCAAAUGACACUUGUCAACUUACAACAACCCAUAUGAAUUCAUUAUGUAUAUCACCAAUGGUUGGGGAAGAAUGUUAACAAAUGAGGAUCAAUAAUAGCAUAAGUUGCACACAUGGGAAAACUAUAUGUUGAAUGUAUUUUUAAUUGAUCAAGUAAUCAUUGUCUUUUCACUUUCCAUCACAAUCCCUUAAGAAAGUCACAAGUAAUGCAAUAGAUCAUUAUGAAUCACAAAACUUGGGAGAAUAAUACUGAGCAAGAAUCUAACACAAAGGAGGUGUAAGACACGUGAAGAGAACGUGCAUGAUCACAUGGCGGCAACAACAAUACUCUCAGGAAACCGGCCAUUCUUCCUCUGCAAAUAACCUGGCCAUUGCCUGUAAACCCCACCCACCAUCGACCAAUGAGACCUCGACCACAAUGCAAGUGCAACUUUUUAAAUAAUACUUAGGAUCUAACGGUAAGUCACCAUAUCACAAACAUCCUUUUUAAAAUAAUUAUAUAAUCAUUUAAAAAGGUGAUAAGAUUUAUUUUAAUUUGGCAAAGGAGAAAUAUAAACUUUAUCCAAAAGUUAUGCUUCAAAUAAAGCCUCCAUCACAGGCUUUUCCUUUAAUCUAUUACCACUGCUCAUGGAUUCAUGAUCUCCAAGAAAGGCACAUUGGUUUCUUUACUUAUGAGUUGUAACAUUCCCCAUAAAUAAAAUAUAUUCCAUCACAAUAUAAUUUCCUAAAAUACGUGUUCAUAUUACACUUUAGUAAAGUAACUAUUUUCUGAAACAUUAUUGAAAUAAAAAGUAUAAUUUUUUUUAAGAAAACAAAGUAAUAAUAAUA